ACUUCGUAAAUGCUCUCGUUGUGUAACUUCAGCCAGGCCACUUUGUAUUUUGUUGAAAUUUGUGAAAAAUAACCAUGUCUCUUCUAACAUAUAAAUACUACGACACGCCAGAAGGCCACGACAUAUUUAAAAAAGUGUUCGUCACCUCCAAAUAUGCUGCCCUCAGCGGUUUCUCAGCUUCCGUCUUCGACAUUCUGUUGUACUCUCAUCCUAAGGGUAUUUUGGCCACCUUGGGCCGUGGUAUGUACUUCUGUGGACCCUUGGUCGGUAUGGCAUCAGCGUUUACGGUGACUGCCAACGUGGCGCAGAACAUGCGAGGGAAGAACGACUUGUUGAACUACUUCAUGGGUGGAGUGGUGUCUGGUGCGGUAUUCGGAGCGUGGCAGAGGUCGAUCACGGUGGCGGUACCCGCCGGGGUAUUCCUGGGGGCCUGCGCGGUGGUCAAGAAGACCGCCGUCGACGAGGGCUGGACGCUGAUGCCCGACUGCCCCCACGGCAAAGAGAACUUUGUCUCUGCCAAAAAUGAUUGGACUCUUGUGAAGGAUAUCCCAGAAAUGAGAGGAUGGACUAAAGGUGUCCAAUAAGAGAGGAGAGUACAAGAGUGAUCCACAAAUAGACAACAAAUUGUAGGCUGUAAAUAACAUCUGUUCUUAUCUUAAUUUUAUGUAAGCGUUAAUGGAAUAAAUUAUGGAAACCU